AUGACCUCACACAAACUACCGACCGAAACUAUCAUUACUCAGGAGGAAUCCGCCAUAUCGCACCUCCCCCCAACCGAAGCCGAGGAAACACGUCAGGACAUUGCCAGCACCCUAAGGAGAGCCAAACUUUCCCCUUCAAACAUCUCACGUUCCGAAAGAAUAUGCCUCAGAAAUCUCCAUAAUAAUUCCGAUAUCAUUGUCCUUCCAGCCGACAAGGGUGACGCUACGGUUAUUCUCAACACUUCUGACUACGUGGAGAAGAUGUCAUCCCUUCUGAAGUCUUCAGAAUACAAAACCACCCCGCAGGACCCUACAACCUAUCUAGUAAAGAAAACCAAAGCUCUCAUCACUGCCUCGAAGCUUCCGAUAGAAAUCAGAAAAUCUCUCAUCCCAAGGGAAAAAUAUUCUCGAAUCCCUCGAAUCUACGGAUUGCCUAAAGUUCACAAACCGGACAUCCCUCUUCGUCCAAUCGUCAGUGCCUUUGGAUCCCCAACUCAUCAUCUUGCUAAAUACUUAGCUUCUACACUUCAACCACUAGCUGAAGAAUCAUCAUCGCAUGUAAUGAAUUCUUUCCACUUCAUCGAAACCUUAAGAACGUAUCAAAUCCAUGAGUCAGACAUUCUUGUCAGUUUUGAUGUCGUAUCUCUCUCCACCAAUAUUCCACUCAAAGAGUCCCUUGAAAUACUGAAGACCAAACAUCACAUACCCCAGGAUACAUUGACCCUUAUAAACCAUUGCAUGUCGAACACGUACUUCCUCUUUCAAGGUACAUUUUACAAACAGGUGAAGGGUGCACCCAAGGGAUCUCCACUUUCUCCAGCCAUCGCUGAUAUUUACAUGGAAAAUUUUGAAACCAACGCCAUCGAUUCGUUCCACCUAAAACCUACUUGCUGGCUUCGAUAUGUGGACGAUGUCUUCGUCAUAUGGCCACAUGGACCCGAAACUCUCCAAGACUUCUUUGAUCAUCUGAAUAAUAUAAAUAUCCAUAUCAAAUUCACUAUGGAAGAUACGAUCGAUAACGAGUCUCAAGGAGUAUACGAGAUACCAUGUUCCGCAUGUCCUAGAAAUGCGAGCGCCAACUCACAAUACGCCAAGGAGAUCCAACAUCUGCCCUAUUCAAACACUACUCUGAAACAGGACAUAACGUUGAUUUUGAGGGAUGUAAGACCAUCUCUGCAGAGAGAACCCUCACAUGUAGGAUAA